AUGUCCGAUCCCAACCCACCGAGCAGGAACGACGACAAACCCAUCCCGCGGCCCCCCAGAUCCAGCGCCCACGCCGCCCAAGUGCAAGUCCAAAACCGCCGCCGCGAGUAUCUCGACCGCCACCCCCUCUACUUUGACAACCUCGAGCACGAGCUAGCCGACCCCGUGUUGUACGAGCGCCUCGUCAGGCGCCACCAGUCCGCCGAGGAGAGGCAGGCCGAGGGCCGCGCCAAGGGCUACGGCCGCACCCUCGAGGCCGACCUCGUCCGCGGCGAGACCAAGCUCGCCGACCUGAAGCGUGAUGGCGAAGAGCCCUCAACGUCCUGCGGGCGAGAAACGUUGUCUACGACGGGCAUCGAGGGCGGCGCGGUCUGGGACCAGUCCGCCGAGUCCAAGGCCCAGGGCCUCGAGCUGUGGCGCGCGUUCCUGACGCACCGCUUCGUGCACGGCGACGACCGCGAGUUCGACUACGCGGCCGUGGACGCGGACGAGGCGUACGACGGGCUCGCGAGGAUGGACGCCGAGGAGCAGUGGUUCGAGGAUGAGGAGCCUACGCGGGCGGAUGACGCUGCGCCGUUGGAGGGGGAGACUGGUGUUCAGGAUUUCUAA